CUGAACUGCAGGGAAAAAGAAGUCUCUGCUCUCUGGGUUUUAAUUUCUUUAUAUGUCAGGAUGGACUACACGAUGAAGGGGGAAGACUCAGAGGAAGUGGAGAUCGACUUAGGAGACUCCAGUGACCCUGAGGAAUAUGAUAACGGAGAUGAACCUCAGACACUGUGGAGGGCCCCUCCUGCAAUGGAAGAAGAUGAAAACAUACACACAUCUACACUGGUGGAAAUCAGUGACACCAAGCCUCUGAUCAAUGUCAGAGACCCCCGAGGUAUCAAUGACUGCCUCAAGGUGACGUUUGAGGAUGUGAUUGCUGAGCCAGUGUCAGUACGCAGCGGGGACAGAGUAUGGAUCUGGAGUAACGCCCUGUUUGAGGUGUCAAGGGUCUGGAUCUACAGGAUUGUAACAGUGAUUCUGGCCAUUCCUGUGUCCAUUCUCUCGGGUCUGCUCUUUGCCAUCCUCAGCUGCCUUCAUAUUUGGAUGGUAAGUCCUUGUAUCCAGUGUGUCUCCAUCGGCACACGCUGGCUGCAGAGUCUAUGGAGCAUCGUGCUGGGCGUCAUUGUGCGUCCUUUCUUCAAGAGUGCAGGAAGAUGCUGUGGAGGCUUCAGCAUCCAUCUGGCCAAAGAAUAACACAUCCAGAGAGGGAUAUUUACUUUUUGCACUGGUGUCAAUCAGAUGGACUGAUCUCAAGUGGACAAGACUAUUUGACUCUUUUUGAUAUGUAAUCAGACAUCUGUUCCCACAAAAUUUCAGCAAUUAAGAUUUUGAACAAGAAUUUGGACUGGAAAUGUAAUUAAUAUACAGUUUUUUUUUAAGAAUCUGAGUUUGCAACAGUUAGGGUUGUUGUUGGUGAAUGACGUUGCAUAGAUAAAUUUAAAAUAGGAUUCUGAAAAGUGUCUCUUUUUGCACAACACACUGAAGUUUUUCCCAGGCAUAGAGGGGUUGCAAUGUUUUUAUACAAACUGAGAAUGUUUCAGUUAUUUUUUUUUUAAAUAAAUGUCAGACUAUAAAGUCAUGAUUAUACAUAAGACUUUAGUGGUUUUAUAGCAGUUAACAAUUUGAGCAUGUGCAACAUCCAGUGCAUGGCAGAGGAUAAUAUUUUUAUCAAAGGUCAUAAACCUAAGAAUAAUUAGCUCUUUUGAAAAAGAUUAAUUACACUGGGUGAAUUCUUGAGUGAAUUAACGUCAUUAAAGCUACAGCUUUUUAAAUUUUCUCUUUGAAAUGAGAUUAGUUUUAAAUGUAAUUAUCCUGUUAAAAUAGAAGAGGGGCCAUUGGGAAGCAGCGGGAUCUCACAGUCAAGAACAGAUGCAUUAAGUGCAAAUGAGGCAUGGUAUCACUCAUUAACUCUCCAUUUAAGCAUCAUUAUUCAAAUAAAUGUUGUUAUACCACUAAUGUAUGACUAUAGAAGGUUUCAGCAGGGUCAGAUAGAGCUUCAGAGGUAGAGUACAUAAUACAAAAAUUUCUUCCUCUUUUGCAUAGCAGAGAAUAAAACAUUCUUGACAAAAUGAUUUAGUGGGUGUUGUCCUAUUGUACAAAUGAAUAAA